AUGGGAUAGAGCAAUCCAUUCCUUGACGUUCUUUUGAUGAUAAAUAAUCAUGUUUAACUAAUGAAGAUAGUUUUUGCAGAAAGAUGUGUGCAUAAAAUAUUAGAUGAGAGUAAUUUGAAGCUUUAAGUUAUGAAUUUUAUUGAAAUCCCUAUAUAAAAUUAUGUGAAUAAGGAGUUGAAAUUAUUCUUGACAUUAGUUUAGACAUAAAUAUAGGAUAUUUUAUAUUAUUGA